GUAGAAUGUAUAAUUAAUCAAAAUUUUAUUUCACGCCGUUACAUUACUUCCGCUUCCGAUAUAUAGGAAAAAAUCGAUUUUGCCUAGCAUUUCGGCAAAUAUUGAUUAACAGUUGAUAAUGAGUAGUUCAGAGGAGGUGUCAUGGAUAUCUUGGUUUUGUGGGCUCAGAGGAAAUGAAUUCUUCUGUGAGGUGGAUGAAGAUUAUAUACAAGAUAAAUUCAACUUGACCGGAUUAAAUGAACAAGUACCUCACUACAGACAAGCCCUUGACAUGAUACUUGAUCUAGAACCAGAUGAUGAACUUGAAGACAAUCCAAAUCAGAGUGAUCUUAUAGAGCAGGCAGCAGAAAUGUUGUACGGACUUAUACAUGCUAGAUAUAUUAUGACAAAUAGAGGCAUUGCACAAAUGAUUGAGAAGUGGCAACAAGGUGACUUUGGUUACUGUCCAAGAGUUUACUGUGAAAAUCAACCAAUGCUUCCAAUAGGUUUAUCAGAUGUUCCUGGUGAAGCGAUGGUAAAGCUGUACUGUCCUAAAUGUCAAGAUGUUUACACGCCAAAAUCUUCCCGUCACCAUCAUACAGAUGGCGCUUAUUUCGGUACUGGGUUCCCACACAUGCUGUUCAUGGUUCAUCCUGAAUACAGACCGAAGAGACCAGCCAAUCAGUUUGUACCAAGGUUAUAUGGAUUCAAGAUUCACCCGUUAGCGUACCAGUUACAGUUUCAGGCAGCCGCUAACUUCAAAAUGCCGAUGAGGGGUAUAGGACAUAACAACAGUAAACGCUGAACAGAGACGUGUAUGAUAGUUUGACAUCACUGUGACAGUUUUUGUACAAAUAUAUCUCAAAAUUUGUUCCGUUUAAACUAUAAACACGACAUUUUCUAUAUAAAAUAUCACAUCAUUAUCAUCACAUAAGUGACAUAGAUUAAUAAAAGCUAUAUACUUAAUUAGUCAUUGAGUUCCAGGUAGGAACUGUCAUGUAAGGUAAUGAGUUAUGAAUAGGAUC